CGGAAACGCCGGUGCGCGGGCACUGGCCGGCCCGGGCGUACGCGCUCCGGCCAUGGCGACCCAGGCGAAACGGCCGCGGGUGGCGGGGCCGGAGGGCGGCGGCGGCGCGGACCCGGUGGCCGGCUUCCUGGGCUGGUGCCAGCGCGUGGGGCUGGAGCUGAGUCCCAAGGUGGCCGUGAGCCGGCAGGGCACGGUGGCGGGCUACGGCAUGGUGGCGCGGGAGAGCGUGCAGCGCGGCGAGCUGCUGUUCGCGGUGCCGCGGGCUGCCAUCCUGUCACAGCACACCUGCUCGAUCGGCGACCUGCUGGAGCGAGAGCGAGGCGCGCUGCAGAGCCAGUCGGGCUGGGUGCCGCUGCUGCUGGCGCUGCUUCACGAGCUGCAGGCCCCAGCCUCGCCGUGGAGCCCCUACUUUGCGCUCUGGCCUGAGCUGGGCCGCUUGGAGCACCCAAUGUUCUGGCCAGAGGAGGAGCGCCGGCGCCUGCUGCAGGGCACGGGCGUACCUGAGGCCGUGGAGAAGGAUUUGGCCAACAUCCGCAGCGAGUACUAUUCCAUCGUGCUGCCCUUCAUGGAAGCCCAUCCCGAUCUCUUCAGCCCCAAGGUUCACUCCCUGGAACUCUACCAUCAGCUCGUGGCCCUUGUGAUGGCCUAUAGCUUUCAAGAACCACUGGAGGAAGAGGAGGAUGAAAAGGAGCCAAACUCCCCUUUGAUGGUGCCUGCAGCAGACAUUCUAAACCACUUAGCCAAUCACAAUGCCAAUCUAGAAUAUUCUGCAGAUUCUCUUCGCAUGGUGGCCACUCAGCCCAUUCCUAAAGGCCAUGAGAUUUUCAACACUUACGGACAAAUGGCUAAUUGGCAACUGAUUCAUAUGUAUGGCUUUGUUGAACCAUAUCCUGACAACACAGAUGACACAGCCGACAUCCAAAUGGUGACAGUUCGUGAAGCAGCAUUACAGAAAGCAAAAGCUGAGGCUGAACGGCUCCUACUGUAUGAGCGCUGGGAUUUCUUGUGCAAACUGGAGAUGGUAGGAGAAGAGGGUGCGUUUGUAAUUGGACGUGAGGAGGUGCUAACUGAAGAGGAACUGACCACCACACUGAAGGUACUGUGCAUGGCUGCUGAGGAGUUCAGAGAAUUUAAAGACCAGGAUGGAUGGGGAGAUGAUAAAAGGGUAGAAGAGGGCAGCCUGACACUCAAAAAUAUCCCCAAGCUCAAAGCACCGUGGAAACAGCUGCUUCGAGACAGUGUCCUGUUGACCCUGCAAACCUAUGCCACAGACUUACAAAGUGAGCAGGAUGUACUCAGUAAUAAGGAUGUCUACACCAAACUCAGCUGGAGGGAACAGCAAGCCUUACAGGUUCGCUAUGGUCAGAAGAUGAUCUUACACCAGUUGUUAGAAAUGACUCUUUAGUAUGUUUCAUAUGGCCUGAAUUACAGAAGAAAGAACUUUAUUCUAGGCUGAGAACUAUUGUUGCUUGAAAAGGAAGAAAGUGUGGAUCUUUUGCCGUUCUUAUUAAAUACCAGAAGGAAAAGUAGCAGAGGUGUGCUAGGAUGAACUCUGAGGUAAGGGUGAUGUGUUCGAGGACUGGGAACAGCAUGCUUUCGAAUCACUAGUUUAACGCUUUGUGUAGCCAUCUCUGUUCUUGAUUUUAACUAAAGCCUGCAGAAAUGUGG